ACCGUAGUGGGGACAGAGGGCAGAGCCAUGGCGGCGGUGGCAUCGGGACAGCUGACUCAGAACCCCCUGCAAAAAGUGUGGGUCCCCCUUAGCUUGCACCGUCUGCGGAGGCGAGGAUCAACUGUACCCCAAUUCACCAACUGCCCCACCAUGGUGAUCCUGGUGGGGCUGCCAGCCCGUGGCAAGACCUACAUCUCCCGCAAGCUCACCCGUUACCUCAACUGGAUCGGCAUGCCGACACGGGUGUUCAAUGUGGGGCAAUACCGGCGUGAAGCGGUGCAGAGCUAUAAGAACUAUGAGUUCUUCCGCCACGAUAACGAGGAGGCCAUGCAGAUCCGCAGGCAGUGUGCCUUGGCUGCACUGCAGGACGUCCGCACCUAUCUGAGCUCUGAAGAGGGGCAGGUGGCGGUGUUUGAUGCUACCAACACCACGCGGGAGCGCCGAGCCCUCAUCAUGCAGUUUGCAAGGGAGAACGGCUACAAGGUUCUGUUCGUCGAGUCCAUCUGCGACGACCCCGCCAUCAUCGAGGAGAACAUCAAGCAAGUGAAGCUGAGCAGCCCCGACUACAAGGGCUGCACCCCGGAGGAAGCAGUGGCCGAUUUCUUGCAGCGCAUCGAAUGCUACAAAGCCACCUACGAGCCUCUGGAUGAGCAGCUGGACAGCGGGCUGUCUUACAUCAAGAUCUUCGACGUGGGGGUGCGGUACCUGGCGAACCGGGUGCAGGGCCACGUGCAGAGCAGGACGGUGUACUACCUGAUGAACACACACGUCACACCACGAGCCAUCUACCUGAGCCGCCACGGGGAGAGCCAGCUCAACCUGAAGGGACGCAUCGGGGGCGACGCUGGGUUGUCCACCCGUGGGCGCCAGUACGCCCAGGCCUUGGCUGAAUUCAUCCGGAGCCAAAGCAUCCGUGAGCUGAAGGUGUGGACGAGCCACAUGAAGCGCACCAUUGAGACGGCCGAGGCGCUCGGCGUGCCUUACGAGCAGUGGAAGGCACUGAAUGAGAUCGAUGCAGGAGUCUGCGAGGAGAUGACCUAUGAGGAGAUCCAGGAGCGCUACCCCGAGGAGUUCGCCCUGCGUGACCAGGACAAGUACCGCUACCGCUACCCCAAGGGGGAGUCCUACGAGGACCUGGUGCAGCGUUUGGAGCCCGUCAUCAUGGAGCUGGAGCGGCAGGAGAACGUCUUGGUUAUCUGUCACCAGGCUGUCAUGCGCUGCCUGCUGGCUUAUUUCCUGGACAAGAGCUCUGAGGAGCUGCCCUACCUCAGGUGCCCCCUGCAUACGGUGCUCAAGCUGACCCCUGUGGCUUACGGGUGCGAAGUGGAGUCCAUCUUCCUCAACGUGGAGGCGGUGAACACCCAUCGCGAGCGGCCCCAGAACGUUGACAUCAGCCGCCCCCCGGCCGAAGCUUUGGUCACCGUUCCUGAGCACUACUGAGCCCCCCUCCCCCCCCCCGGAUAAUUAAAGCUUGCCUUAAUGAA